GAAGAUUUUAUUUGACUUGCAGUCGCCGACAUGGAACGUUGGCAUAACUGCGUGGCGGUGGUGACUGGCGCUAGUUCGGGAAUUGGAGCGGAAAUCGCCCGAAAACUGGUCUCCGCUGGCGUGGUGGUGGUUGCCCUGGCCCGUCGCCUGGACCGCUUGGAGCAACUGCGUCAGGAGCUACCGGAGGAUCGGCGAUCGCGAUUGCGCAUCAUGCAGUGCGAUGUCUCGGACGUGUCGUCCGUGAACGCUGCCUUCGACGCAGUGCAGCGGGAUCUGAGCCGGGUGGACAUUCUGAUCAAUAACGCCGGAAAGCUGUCCGGUGGACAGCUGCUAACCAUGUCGGUGGACACUGUGCAGCAGGUGCUGCAGACGAACGUAAUGGGCGUGGUCUACUGCACUAGGCGCGCCUUUGAAUCGAUGAGGCAGCGCCAGUCCACCGGUCACGUGGUGCUCAUUAACAGCAUUGUGGGCCACUACAUCUUCAAUCCGCUGCCCGGAAGCCAGCAGGAGCUCAACAUGUACCCGGCCACCAAGCACGCGAUCACCGCUCUUACCGAGCUCUUUCGCCAGGAGAUGCGAGAGUUCAAGACGCAAGCCAAGGUCACGAGCAUCAGUCCGGGAUUGGUGGACACCGAGCUAGUGCCUUUGGACUACAAAAGGCUGCCUAUGCUACAGGCUGAGGAUGUGGCAAAUGCCAUCUUGUAUGUUCUGUCGACGCCUCCGCAUGUCCAGGUGCACGAGCUGACCAUCAAGCCCAUGGGUGAACCCUUUUAGGACACGCCUGCAUUGCUCCACUUUCGCUACUAAAUAUUUAACUAUGAAGGCCUUCGUCACCUAACUGAAUAAUUUGCGGAUUGCACAGAAAUAAAAUAAACGGACCACAUACAUUGCCUUGGAAAA